CUCUCCAUACUCUCAGUCUGCUGAAAUAUCUGCUGCACGAUAAACCCUAAACCUUUCUUAGGGUUUUGGCAGAGAAGUCUAUAUAUAUCACUUGGCCGUUCCCAUCUGGAAAUAGCAGACUCUUCUUUCGUUGAUUUAUUCUUCAGAUAUUCUAAAUAUGGGUAAAUCUACCAAGAAAUCUGCGUCCAAGGUGGAUGCUGCUGCCGUUGUUACUGCCCCGACCAAACCGUUAAAGAAAGGCAAGAGAGAAGCAGAGGAUGCUAGUGAGAAGCAAGCAGUGAGUGCUAAGAAGCAGAAGGUGGACGAAAAGAAAAGUGAAGUCAAGACUGAGAAGAAGGCAGUUAAAAAGAAAGUCAAGACUUCCUCCGAUGAUGACACCUCUUCAGAGUCUGAGCAACAGGUCCAGGUUAAGGCAUCUGCCAAGAAUCGGCAUGUAGGAUCAGAUUCCGAAGAUGAAAGUAGUGGCUUAGAGGAAGCUGUUAGUGCACCUAACAACAAACCAGCAAUUGCAGCAAAGAAUGGACAUGUAGCUGCUGUCAAGAAGAAAGACGAGUCAAGUGAUGAUUCUGACUCCGCGGAAGGUGAAACCAGUUCGGAUGAGGAUGUUGCUGCAGCUAAGAAAGCUCCUAUGGCUCAGACUAAAAAGGGCCCUGUUGCUCCUGCCAAGAAGAAAGAUGAGUCAAGUGAUGAUUCUGAUUCUUCAAGUGAAGAUGAAACCAGCUCUGAUGAGGAUGUCACUGCAGCCAAGAAAGCUCCUGCAACUAAAAAGAAAUCAGUACUUUCUACCCAGAUGAAAGAUGAAUCCAGUGGUGAUGAAUCUGAUUCUGAAGAUGAGACCAGUUCUGAUGACAAUGCUGCUAAAACAAAGAAAGCUCCUGCAGCCUCCACUAAGAAUGGCCCUGUAGCUGCUACUGGAAAAAAGAAAGAUGAGUCAAGCACUGAUGAUGAUGGCUCUGAUGAUGAUGUUGCGGCUAAAAACAACACAGCAGCCGCCUCAAAGAAGAAAGAUGAGUCCAGUGAAGAAUCAGAAUCAGACAAUGAAGGCAGCAGUUCAGAUGAUGAUGAUACUGAUGAAAAAAUGACCGAUGUUGCAACGGCCAAGGAAAAUGCUGGAAAAGGGGGUUCCCCAUUUGAAAAGACUCCCAAUACCCCUGCCACUCCCAAACAGCAGACAAGUGGUUCCAAAACUCUGUUUGUUGGGAAUCUAUCCUAUUCUGUUGAGCAAGCUGAUGUUGAAAAUUUCUUCAAAGCUGCUGGAGAAAUUGUUGAUGUACGCUUUGCCAUGAACUCAGAUAACUCAUUCAAAGGCUUUGGUCAUGUUGAGUUUGCUUCUGCAGAAGCAGCAGAGAAGGGGUAAAGAUACACAAUCGUUCCAGAAGGGAGGGAGAGCUCAGGGACAAACAAUAUUUGUUCGUGGAUUUAACAAAUAUGAUAGCGAAGACCAGAUAAGAAGCUCUCUGGAGGAGCAUUUUGGUUCUUGUGGUGAAAUUACAAGAGUUUCCAUUCCAAAAGAUCAAGAUGGUGCUGUAAAAGGGAUGGCAUAUCUUGAUUUUAAGGACAGCAAUGGCUUCAAGCAAGCUUUGGAAUUAAAUGGGUCUGAAUUUGGAGAGAGUACCUUGUCAGUGGAAGAGGCAAGACCUAGAGGUGAUGGCCGAGAUAGUGCUGGCGGUGGCAGAGGUGGUGGCAGGAGUGGAGGGAGAGGUGGUGGCUGGGACUUUGGUGGGAGAAGUGGCGGUCGCCGUGGUGGUGGACGUGGCGGUGGUGGUAGGUUUGGAGGUGGUGGUAGGGGACGAGGGACUCCCAGCAGCAGACCAAGUAUGGCUACAGCUGGAACUGGAAAGAAGACGACAUUCGGUGAAGAAUAGUGGUGGGGAUGCAGUUGUCUCGGGUCUAUGAAUCCGGCAGAAGUUUUGGAUUUAAAUCAUGUAGUUGUACUAUCUGUUGUUUCGACGAAACUUGCUAAGAUUUAUUAUGAUGCUUACUAGGUUCUAUUUAUAUUUGUAGUAAUUUCCCAUUUGCUUGAGGUUGGGAUGAAAUCAAUGAACUGUUUUGAUAGCUGAACCAAUAUAUAAUGUUCCCCAAUGAUUAGGAAAUUGAAAGGCAUCUUUUGGAUCCUCAACGCAAUA